ACAGUUUGAGGCCCAGGCCCAUCUCCUCCGUAUACUAACCACACGCACUGACGCACAGAAGCCAGGACCGCCGCCGCGUACCGCUCCUCCUCGCCGGCGCCCCCGACCGCUUUCGAGUUCGAGCAAUGGAGUCGAGGAGGCCGCCGCCCUCCCCCCUCGUCGACAGCUAUGUGGUACCCGGCGACGUCGUCCUGGACCUCUCCGAGAUGACCAACCAGACCAUAAAGCUCGGCACGGGCCUGCGUCAGGAAUGUGACACCAUCCAGGCCACCAUUGCUGGGGUGCUGCGGCUGUCGAAGCCCAACAAGUAUUGGGUUGAGAGCUCCCAGAAGAGGUAUGUACCUUCUGUAGAAGAUACAGUUCUUGGUGUCGUGGUCGACACGAAACCAGAUAACUUUUUGGUGGACAUAAAGGGUCCUAAUGUGGCCUUUCUACCAGUGCUUUCAUUUGAAGGUGGUACCAGGAGAAACAUACCAAAGUUUGAGAUUGGUACAUUAAUAUAUGCUCGAGUGGUGAAGGCAAAUAGCAUCAUGAAUCCAGAGCUCUCAUGCAUGGAUGCUACUGGGAAAGCUGCUGAAUUUGGUCAGUUGAAAGGUGGCUAUAUGUUUGACACAUCAACUGGCAUGUCACGAAUGUUGUUAAGUUCGCCAACAUGUCCAGUUCUGGAGGCCCUUGGGAAAAAACUAUCAUUUGAGAUUGCUGUUGGACUCAAUGGUCGAGUCUGGGUUAAUGCUCCUGCACCAAGUACUGUCAUUCUUGUAUCAAAUGCGAUUAUGAGGUCAGAAUCUUUGAGUGGCAUAAAACAAAGAGCUAUGGUAGAAAAUCUCCUGGAGAGAUUGUCAUGAUGGCAAUGUACUCUGACGCUAUCGAUGUAUUUUGGAGAAUUGCUUGGUUAGAUGCCACAGCCAAUUCUGCAACAGGAAAAGGUUGGUGGCCACUAUAAUCUCAGCAGGGCACACUUGAUGGAUCAUUGUCUUUGCACAUAAAUUAGAUAUGGCGAAUUGGCAAAAGUGACUGGUGUUUUUUCAGUGUUGUAGAAUGUGACUCAACUAAUAGAUUGGCCGGUUUAGAAUGAAUUUUCUGGCUAAUUGCAUCGUCUGUUGCCUAUCUGGAUGCGCUGUAAGUCGGAUAUCUGCACUAGCCUGCCGAUCUUGUUGAAAGAAGCCUCAUGAUGACUCAAUUCCAACAUUUUUUUUUAUAUUCGCUGCACUCAGAAA